GGCGUAGCAGGAACUGGAGUUUGAGUUUUCUGGCGUUGAUACAAAGCGAGGCUACGUUCACCAUUUUUGUUUUACUGUCGUAGUUCAUAACGGUGUUUCGAGUGUUUUUUAAACUUGCGCCGUUAGCCUCUUUCCUCAAGACUUGUUUAUAUCGUUGAGGACAAUAUACAUAACUUCACUGCUCUUUAAGUGGGUCCAAACAAAUUGCAGGAUGGACAAUGAAGUGAUGGUGGUCACCAACCCUUUAGUGAAUGUUCGUAUCACAAGCAGCUUCUCCACCUUUGAGAACCGCCGGAGGUUCAAUAGAGGAAUUACUAUAGCAGAACUAAAGGGGCUCCUGGAGAUCAAUGUGGGUGUACCUGCCUCCUGCAUGGACUUGGAGAUUUUUAGCACCACCAAUAAGUUCUUACAGAAAAUGGAUAACGAUGACGCUUUAUUUGGUUCCUACCCUGUGGACGAUGAAUGCAGAAUACACGUUAUUGAUAGAAGUGGAGGACAGGCCAGCGAGUUGUUUGAUAGUUCCAAAGUGGAGAAGUUUGAGCUCCCAGAUGAUGAAUAUGAGAAACGGACAGAAUCAGUGAGGUCGUUCUUAAAGAAGCAGAAUUUAGGUCGCUACAAUGAGGAAGAAGUUUCUAAGAAGAAGGCUGAGCUCAACACUCGGGAAGAACAACAGAAGGCUGCAGCUGAAGCUAUUUCUGUUGGCAGCCGCUGCAAAGUGGAGGUCCCUGGACAGCCCACAAAACUUGGCACGGUUAUGUAUGUUGGUACAACAGAGUUCAAGUCAGGUUAUUGGGUGGGUGUGAACUAUGACGAGCCACUGGGAAAACACAAUGGAACUGUUCAAGGGAAGCAGUACUUUGAGUGUCAGGACAAAUACGGGGCGUUUGUGAAGCCGCUGAGUGUGACUGUGGGAGACUUCCCUGAGGAGGACUACGGUUUAGAUGAGAUUUAGAACUGUUCUGGUUGUUGUGGUCAUUCGUUUUCAUUUCAGAUCCAUUUACUGAACAGAGGGGAAGUGGGGUGAUUCAUUGUAACAAAGGUUCCUGUUUGUUCUUCUGUGGAUGGCAUGAUCAAAAGGCACUUUAGCUGGAAGUUUUUUUUUUUUAUUGCAGCAUGACAAUUUGAGAUCUUAACAUAGAUGAGUCAUUUAAAAACUAGUUAAAUGUGUUGCACUUAAGAAGGAUUUUUGUUUCAGAUUGAUGUAUUUAAACAGUUCUUUUUGUCCUGUUGUCAGUUUAAUUCUUAAACCUUAGUUUAUUUUUCAAUUUAUGUCAAUCUGUUAAAUUUUGUGUAACUGUACAUAAAGUCUUUUCGUUUAAGGAAUGUACAUUGCUUUAACUGACAACUGCUUGUAUAACUAUCCAUUGAGUCGAAAAUUCUUCCUAAUCAUACUUUGACAGUAAAGAUGAUUACCCCGGGUUGUGUUAACAACUUUAGAUUUUUGAUGAGGUUAAAUAAAAGCUGCAGGCAGUGGAUACUUACGUUUUAAAAUGUCACUUUCAGGAAAUGCCUCAGAAUUUCUUGAAGUAAAAGGAGUAAAAGCUCCUUUAUUGUUCUGACACUACUGCUCUUUUUUUUAAAGACUAACAAUGCCAACAAUAUUUCCCUUAUAAGCAAAACACAUGGCUGUUUGUCACAUGUCACCACUCUGUCCUGCAGCAUACGUCUCACAGCCACAAUUGUGCAGCUCAGUUAUUGGCAGGCUUCUUUGUAACAAUUACAUCCCUCAGCGUUGGACAAUGUUGCAUUUCAAAUUGAUGAUAUGCUUGCUUUGUUAUACAUAAAAACGUUUAACUUACUUAAUUUGAGAAAAUGUAAAAUCAUUAAUUUCUGUCUUUUCAAUAAAGUUAAGUGAUAAUAUUCAACAUUGAUCUCUAAGGUGCUGGUGACAAUAUGUGCCAAAGGAUAAUCCAUACUAAUAAAAACAAUACACAUGA